GCCAACGAGUACUUCCGGUUCCAGCGCUAGAAGCCGCGGCCUGGAGCCGUGGGGCGGCAGCCAUGGGUGCCAGGUGGUGCUGAGAGCAGUGGGGCAUGGCUGCAGCCCUGCAGGUCUUGCCCCGUCUGGCCCGAGCCCCCUUGCGCCCGCUCCCCUGGUGGGGCCCAGUGGCCCGGCUGGCCAGCGGUAUGGCCCUGCCGGAGCAGGCGCAGCAACUGUUUGAGAGCGCUGUGAGUGCCGUGCUCCCAGGCCCCAUGCUGCACCGGGUCCUGACCUUGGACCCCAGCGGCAAGCAGCUGAAGGUGCGGGACCGGAGCUUUCAGCUGCGGCGCAACCUCUACCUGGUGGGCUUCGGCAAGGCUGUGCUGGGCAUGGCGGCUGCCGCUGAGGAGCUUCUGGGCCAGCAUCUCGUGCAGGGCGUGAUCAGCGUACCCAAGGGGAUCCGAGCUGCCAUGGAGCAUGCCGGCAAGCAGGAGAUGCUGCUGAAGCCUCACAGCCGCGUGCAGGUAUUCGAGGGUGCCGAGGACAACCUGCCGGACCGUGACGCGCUCAGGGCUGCGCUGGCCAUCCGGCAGCUGGCCGAGGGGCUCAAGGCUGACGAACUGCUGCUGGUGCUUAUCUCAGGCGGGGGCUCAGCCCUGCUGCCGGCCCCCAUUCCACCAGUCACACUAGAGGAGAAGCAGAUGCUCACCAAGCUAUUGGCUGCCCGUGGAGCCACCAUCCAGGAGCUGAACACCAUCCGGAAGGCCCUGUCCCAGCUCAAGGGUGGAGGGCUGGCUCAGGCUGCCUACCCUGCCCAGGUGGUGAGCCUGAUCCUGUCCGAUGUGGUGGGAGACCCCGUGGAGAUGAUUGCCAGUGGCCCCACGGUAGCCAGCACCCACAGUGUGCAAGAUUGCCUGCACAUCCUCAACCGCUACAAUCUCCGAGCUGCCCUGCCACGCUCCGUGAAGACCGUGCUGGCUCGGGCCGACUCUGACCCCCACGGGCCACGCGCUUGUGGUCAUGUCCUCAACGUGGUCAUUGGCUCCAACAUGCUGGCGCUGGCCGAGGCCCAGCGGCAGGCCGAGGUGCUGGGCUACCGGGCUGUGGUGUUGAGCGCAGCCGUGCAGGGUGAUGUGAAAAGUGUGGCCCAGUUCUACGGGCUGCUGGCCCGAGUGGCUGGAGCCCGCCUCACCUUGCCUGGGGCUGGGGCUUCUGGGGAGGAGGAUGCAGAACUGCACAGGCUGGCGGCUGAACUCCAGCUCCCAGACCUGCAGCUGGAGGAGGCUCUGGAGGCCCUGGCGGGGGCUCAGGGUCCUGUCUGCCUGCUGGCUGGUGGUGAGCCCACGGUGCAGCUGCAGGGCUCAGGCAAGGGUGGCCGGAACCAGGAGCUGGCCCUGCGUGUCGGAGCAGAGCUAGGACGGCAGCCACUGGGGCCUAUUGAUGUGCUGUUUUUGAGUGGUGGCACUGAUGGGCAGGAUGGACCCACAGAGGCUGCCGGGGCCUGGGUCACGUCUGACCUUGCCAGCCAGGCUGCCGCCGAGGGACUGGAUGUGGCUACCUUCCUAGCCCACAAUGACUCACAUACCUUCUUCUGCCACCUCCACGGUGGGGCACACCUGCUGUUCACAGGGCUGACUGGCACCAAUGUCAUGGAUGCCCACCUCCUGUUCUUGCGGCCCCGGUGA